GUCAUAUCUCCUACCUUUCUUCUCUCCCCUAUUACUACCUACAUACCUACUAUACUAACCCCGACCUCUAUUCUCCCUUACAUACAUAUCAUAUCUCCAUAUCUCCUACCUUAUGCAAAAGGUAUUCUUUCUCUAAUCCCUCAUAUUUGGGUAUCAGAUAGAGUUAACAUAACUUCCAACUGGAAUACGUUUUAUUUAACCUUAUCCAUCCCUUAUCAAUCAUCAAUCCCACCAGUUUCUAUCACAAGCGUUCUCCCACUACCUAAGAUAGUUAGUUGCGCAGAUACGACUUAAAGUUGUGAUCUAGGCUUUCAAACACCCUCCAAACCGAACUCAUAAACUUUCCGACGAUAUCCUCACCAUCCAUUAGUUAACCUACCUACUUGGUAGUUAACUUUUACGAUUCAUACCUAUUCUCUACCAGUCAGAGUCGGCGUGGCUUUGUGGAUCCCAGGUUUUUAUUAGGGGCGUUUGGCUUGUGCAAUUCUUAUUACACAAUAAAUUGGUCGCGCGACGGCUUACGCCGCUUAUCGCUGCCCCAACAUUCGCCAGUCCUCCAUCGUCUUUCCUUAUAGGAACCCGCUUUGUUCUUCUUGGACACCCUCCCACCUACUAUUGUCCUAAACGCCGGUAUUACAAUUACAGUCCACGACAUUUUUAAAGGAGGAUGGCGACCGAUUUCAUCAUGCCUAGGCUACACGAACAGCCGCAGGCGCAUUUCUUCCCAUAUCAGCAAUCUACCGUGCCGUCGCAAUCCCCGACUUAUCCGUCGCAAGGUUACCAAUCCCAACAGAUCUCACCUUUGAGCACAUCGAACAAUGCUUCGCCAACGUCGCCCAAGCCAUACCAUCGCCAGCGAUUACGGCCUCUCUACAUGCCCGCCGUUUUAAGACCGACAGAGCACCCAUCGAAGAAAUUAAUAGGGAGGAAGACGGAAGCGCAAGAUGAUGAUAGUCAGGUAUCGCCAAACAACAGCUUCAUCAACCUGAGCGGAUUGAGCGCGCUCAGUCGUUUGAGCCGUCGCACCACCGGCGAUAGCGGAAAGUGGGUAGAUGGCGACUGGGAUUUGGACAUGUUUCCCAAACCAACGGCGCAACCCACGCGACAACACUGGAAACCCGACCCGGAGUCUACAAUAUGCGAUGAGCCAUCAUGUCUGCGCCACUUCAACUACUGGACGCGUCGACAUCAUUGCCGAAAAUGUGGCAAUAUCUUCUGCGACUCGCAUUCCGCCUUCGAUGUUCCUCUCGAUCAAGACGCAAACUACAACCCGAGAGGCACGCCUAGCCGAGCAUGCUCCCAUUGUUUUUCGGAGUUCAAAGCGUGGCGUAGUCGAACAAACAGCCAGGCUUCCAGCGAAACCUCUUCUCACGCAGGCUCGCAGACGGUACCUACGAGCCCAGCUGUCUCGACCCCUAUCAAUGGCCAAAAUGGCCACCAUCAAGACGUCGCCAUGAGUGUUCCCCGUGACUGGAACUGGAGCACGUUCUGAAAGGAUUGGCGUCGAAUUAGUUCGCCCACUGGGGCCUCUAGAUACCUCUAGAUGUCCACAGGGCAGUUCCAGAAAUCGAAUUCUAAAGACAUAAUUACGAUGAUACACGACACAAUGGACUUAAUAACGACGGCAAAUUUUCCGACGACACCAGAACAUACAACAUUCACAUACAUAGACUAGAAGUUCCUGGGAUAGACUGGAUACAUGCGACCCAUACCCAUCCCAUAUUUGCACGAGUUACAUGGACAGCAUGGCGGUCUUGUACUUUCUUUCAAGGCUACGAUACCCGAUUUUAGUGGAUUAAUUCCGAUCUAUAGAUCUGUCGGGAGGGCGAGGGGCGAGGGGCGAGGGGCGAGGGGCGAGGGG